AAGAUGGCGCCAGAAUGCGAGUUGCAGCACACGAGGAAAGUCCUCGCCGGUUCCCGCGCCCGCCGGGAGCUCACAGUGCAGGAACGCAUCUUGGGGGCGGAGCCCAGGGCCAAGAGUUUCCCGCCCUUCUUGCAAUCCGGCCUGUCCGGUCAACCCUCGGGGAUACCUUAAACUACAUUUCCCAAGAUGCUCUAUGUGAAGGACUUCCGUUGGCGUCAGCGGAAGCCGUGACUGGCCGGGCUGCACUGAGGCCGGCUUGGUCACUAUGGAGGAGAUAGGCAUUUUGGUGGAGAAAAUUCAGGAUGAGAUCCCAGCACUGUCCGUGUCUCGGCCGCAGACCGGCCUGUCCUUUCUGGGACCCGAACCUGAGGACCUGGAGGACCUAUACAGCCGCUACAAGAAGCUACAGCAAGAGCUGGAGUUCCUGGAGGUGCAGGAGGAGUAUAUCAAGGAUGAGCAGAAGAACCUGAAGAAGGAGUUCCUCCAUGCGCAGGAGGAGGUAAAGCGAAUCCAGAGCAUUCCGUUGGUCAUUGGUCAGUUUUUGGAAGCUGUGGAUCAGAACACAGCCAUUGUGGGCUCUACCACAGGCUCUAACUACUAUGUGCGCAUCCUGAGUACCAUUGAUCGGGAGCUGCUCAAACCCAAUGCCUCAGUGGCCCUGCACAAGCACAGCAACGCACUGGUGGAUGUGCUGCCUCCCGAGGCCGACAGCAGCAUCAUGAUGCUCACCUCAGACCAGAAGCCCGACGUGAUGUACGCCGAUAUUGGAGGCAUGGACAUCCAGAAGCAGGAGGUGCGGGAGGCUGUGGAACUACCACUGACGCACUUCGAGCUCUACAAGCAGAUUGGCAUCGAUCCUCCCCGAGGUGUCCUCAUGUAUGGCCCACCUGGCUGUGGAAAGACCAUGUUAGCGAAGGCUGUGGCACAUCACACGACAGCUGCAUUUAUCCGUGUGGUGGGCUCAGAGUUUGUUCAGAAGUACCUGGGUGAGGGCCCCCGAAUGGUCCGGGAUGUGUUCCGCCUGGCCAAGGAGAAUGCACCUGCCAUCAUCUUCAUAGAUGAAAUUGAUGCCAUUGCCACCAAGAGAUUCGAUGCCCAGACAGGAGCUGACAGGGAGGUUCAGAGGAUCCUGCUGGAGCUACUGAAUCAAAUGGAUGGAUUUGACCAAAACGUCAAUGUGAAGGUAAUCAUGGCCACAAACAGAGCAGACACCUUGGAUCCAGCUCUACUUCGGCCAGGACGCCUGGACCGCAAAAUUGAAUUCCCACUCCCUGAUCGUCGCCAGAAGAGGUUGAUUUUCUCCACCAUCACCAGCAAGAUGAACCUUUCUGAGGAGGUCGACCUAGAAGACUAUGUGGCCCGCCCAGAUAAGAUUUCAGGAGCCGAUAUCAACUCCAUCUGUCAGGAGGUAAGCGAUAGUCUUUUUGAAGGUGUCUCCCCUUUUCCAGUCUUUUCCCCUUGUUGCUUCCCUGGGUUCUUGGUCCCAUAUUUCUCUUCCUUGGCUUUCAUGGGGUUUGGAGAGUGGGGAGGGCGGUACUUGAUGUACAGUUUCUAUUCCCAUCCUAUCCUAGAGUGGAAUGUUGGCUGUCCGUGAGAACCGCUACAUUGUCCUGGCCAAGGACUUCGAGAAAGCAUACAAGACCGUGAUCAAGAAAGAUGAGCAGGAACAUGAGUUUUACAAGUGACCCCUCCCCACACUCCCCAGGCACCUGUCCCAAAGGCUAGUUUUCUCUUUACCCAGGAUUGGUUUCGUCAAUAAAUGGACGUGAUUGGACCUA